AUGCGGAACGAAAGGGCUGAAAAUCCGCGCGUUCUAGAACUAUUCGAAGACUCCAAAGUCGCACUCAGUGCCCAUGCUAUUCUGAAUGGAUUGAGAACGUUGGGCAUCUCAGAAGGGUUGAAUUACGCCACGCAUCUCACCAAUUCGCCUCUUUUCAGAGUAAGGAUGGCAGAUGACGAUCCGCAAAUGGUAGCGAUUGCAGGCCGCGAACAGAACAGGGGAGAACAAAAUCACGGACAAGAUGAUAUUGAUUACAUCUACGUCCCCCGAGAUGUAGUAGCCGGGUUGGUGGUUCUUUCAAGAACGACGGAAAUGAGCUACUUCGUGCAUAAUCUGGAAAAUCUGGUCUACGAAGGCGACCCGGAGAUAAGAGAAUUCCUUCGCGACCGUCAUGAUCAUGGAAAAAUUGACUUCAUCGAAUGGUGCCUAUUCGAACACUAUGAUGUAGAGGUAACGCAAGCGCGAAAGUGUGUGGAAAGACAUGAAACGCCGUCUGGAUCAACGCGUACGCAAAAAUAG